GGCACAGGGUAUAUAUAGGGGAGCGAGAGGGGAAAAGGCCGGGAGAGCAGAGGAGAGGAAGGACCAAGGACGGACGGAGGAAGAAGCAUCCUCCUGUCCCAUCCCUAUCCGUGGAGGUCGAGGGGAGAGAGGGAAAGGCCGGUGGAUCCGAUGGACAGCAGCUUCGGCCGCCGGAGCAGCAGCCAUGGCGGCGUGGACGGCGAGUGGCGGCGGUGGGCGGUGCUGGUGGCGACGGUGUGGGUGCAGGCGCUGACGGGGACCAACUUCGACUUCUCGGCCUACUCGUCGGCGCUCAAGGCGUCUAUGGGCGUCUCCCAGCAGUCGCUCAACUACCUGGCCACCGCCUCCGACCUCGGCAAGGCCUUCGGCUGGUCCUCGGGGCUGGCGCUGCUCUACAUGCCGCUCCCGGCGGUGCUGCUCCUGUCCGCCGCGCUCGGCCUCGCCUCCUACGCCCUCCAGUACGGCAUCCUCCUCCCCUCCUCCACGCUCGCCGCCACCCUCCCCUACCCCGCGGUGUUCUUGAUCUGCCUGGCAGCAGGGUGCAGCAUCUGCUGGUUCAACACGGUCUGCUUCGUGGUCUGCAUACGCAGCUUCUCCGCAGCCAACCGCCCCCUGGCCCUCUCCCUCUCCAUAAGCUUCAACGGGCUCAGCGCCGCAUUCUACACCCUCUUCGCCAACGCUCUCUCCCCUUACUCACCAUCCGUCUACCUCCUCCUCAAUGCCACCCUCCCCCUCGCCGCCUCCAUCAUUGCGCUCCCAGCGAUCCUCCUCUGCCACCCACAUGAUCACAGCAGCCUCCACACUUUGCCAAAGCAUGACAGGCGUGUCUUCCUCUGCUUCUACACCAUCGCAUUUGUCACCGGCAUAUAUUUAGUGACCUUCGGUUCUGUCACCACAACCAGCUCUGCUGCAAGGGCCGUCCUCAUGGGCGCCAUGGCCCUCCUCACACUUCCUCUCAUCAUCCCUGCCGCCUCGAGCUGUUCUAGUGUGGGCACACAUGAUCCUGACACUGAAUUGACACUCAACCACAACGAUCCACAGAAGCCGCUCCUUCUCAACCAUGAUGACCACACGGAGACCAACGGCAGCAUGGCACAUAAAACAGUGGAAUGGCAGCCCAAGGGCUGUUGCUGUGGGACGAUACUGGACAAGGGCUGUGUGUUGGUUCUUGGUGAGGAGCAUAGUGCAAAGAAGCUCAUCCGAUGUGUCGAUUUUUGGCUCUACUACACAGCGUACUUCUGUGGUGCCACUGUUGGGCUGGUGUACAGCAACAACUUGGGGCAGAUUGCGCAAUCGUUGCAAUGUCAACCACAGCUCACCAUGCUUCUUGCAGUUUACUCCUCUUGCUCCUUCUUCGGCCGCCUUCUCUCUGCACUCCCUGACUUCCUUCACAGGAGGGUGUCAUUUGCUCGGACAGGGUGGCUUGCGGUGGCAUUGGUGCCCAUGCCAGUGGCUUUCUUCUUGAUGUGGAAAUUGCACGAUGUAAACACUCUGAUAGCAGGAACGGCGUUAAUUGGCCUAAGCUCAGGUUUCAUCUUCGCUGCGGCAGUGUCAGUGACAUCCGAGCUCUUCGGACCAAAUAGCAUCGGUGUGAACCACAACAUCCUCAUCACCAACAUCCCUCUUGGCUCACUCCUCUACGGACAGAUUGCUGCCCUGGUAUAUGAUGCAAAUGGCCGAAAGAGUACGGUACUGGACAACCUCACUGGCACGGUUGACACCACGAUAGUGUGCAUGGGUGCGAAGUGCUACUCAAACACAUUCUUUGUGUGGGGUUGCAUCACAGUGCUGGGCUUGGCAUCAAGCACAGCCCUAUUCUUGAGAACAAGACAGGCCUAUGCUACUGCUGCUGGUCAAUCUAGUUGUAAGCACCAUAGCCAAGUUUUGAGUUGAGAAAGGAACUCCUUGUUUGUUCCUCGCUGUUCUGAAGUCAUGGCUAAGCUUGUACAAGUUUUGGUUCGGUUCUGGGUGGACUGGGUUAGAUACAAUACAUGUAAUUACUACCAUCACGAGAUUCAACAAGGGGGCAGCAAAUUAUGAGAUUAGCAGCCCUUUGUAAAAGGUAGAACCAUUGUUCUGUUUACAGGGCACUAAUGUCAACUUGAAGGCGCAAGGCGGUUGCCUUAGCUUACUA